UUCAUACGGAUAGCAAUUAGCAAAUGAGUGACUGACACGUAGGCACAUCCUCUCUAUAUAAAGAAACCCUCCUGCAUGGCUUCACAAAUACAACAGCAUACACAUACACACAUACACAAAGAUACAUACAUACUUAUACAUCGAUCUACAUAAGAAGGCUAAAGAUGAGUUCCAAAGGAGACGACUCUAGCUCUAUGGCUGAUCGGAUGGUGAAGAAAGACACAGCGAGUGUGAUCCCCGUUGAGAGACAACUGGUAAAGACUAGGGUCGUGAAAACCAUUAUCUCUGCCCUCACCUCCUCUGGUAGCACCAGCGACUCUGAGCCUACGGGCAACGGUAACGGAGCGCGCGUGCACCCUACUCGUCGCUGAUCGGUCCUUUUCUCGGGGUUGAAGAUAUUUACCCAGCCGUUGUGAACUCUUCUUGUUUUUUUCUGUGUGGUUUUAUAUACAUAAGGUGGCCACCAUGGUGUUCUUGUUGUCAAAGUUUAAUGUAAUAACGCGUCUCUUUGUUUCUGUUAAGUUUGAAUGUUUGUAUUGUUCAUGUUCAGGCCGGUAGGGCCGUAGGGGUGACUAAGAUUAUGAUAUAAAAAGAAAUGUUGUAUGGGUUAUGUUUAUGCUACUACGUACUAUUUAAUCACCA